AUACAUUAACUCAUUCGGAACAAUGCAGCGAAUUUUUGGGUAUGUCAGCAAAUUUAUUAACAUCAAAAAAUCGCCAAGGUCAUCGCAACUUAAGGCUGAAGACAUUCAUCAGGGAACUCAACUUCUUAUUCGCAUAGUACAAAGAGUGCAAUUGUGGCCGGAGUACACUGUAUUGCAAGCCAAUAAAUGCGUCCCUAAUUCGAGCAGCAUUGCCUCGUUAUCGCCAUUCCUUGAUGACUUCGGAAUUAUUAGAGUCGGUGGACGAUUAAAAAAUUCGAUGCUUAGCUUUUCAUCGCGCCAUCCAUGCAUUCUACCGAAGGAUCAUCCACUGACGUACGCAAUAAUCACCUAUUUUCAUCGUAAGCAUCACCAUGCAGGUCCUCAAGCUUUACUCGCCUUUAUUCGUAUGCAGUUUUGGCCAAUAGGUGGCAGGAAAACAACAGCUCGCGUUCUACAAAAAUGCAUUAUCUGCCUCAAAUCAAGACCGAGACUCGUCGAGCACAUAAUGGCUGAUCUGCCCAAGGAACGCAUUCAGGCUUGGCGGCCCUUCAUAGUCACCGGUGUGGAUUACUGCGGCCCGUUUUAUUACAAGCCUGAAGUGCGCAACAAAUCGCCACAAAAAUGCUAUGUUAGCGUGUUCAUAUGCUUCGCUACAAAGGCUGUUUGGAUGGAGUUGGUAAGAGACCUUUCAACGGGUGCAUUUAUUGACGCAUUAAAAAGAUUCAUAGCCACGCGUGGAAUACCAAGAUGUAUCUGGUCUGACAAUGCAACGAAUUUUGUAGGCGCUAAGAACGAGCUUAAGGAACUACGAGACUUAGUUCUCAGUGAAAAACACCGCAGCAAACUUCACAACUUUUGCCUCAGUAAUGGGUUCGAUUGGCGCUUCAUUCCCCCUCGCUCCCCGCACUUUGGCGGUUUGUGGGAAGCAGCCGUAAAGACAGCCAAGCAACAUUUCUAUCGUUCCGCUAGCUCAUCAAUUCUUGGGUUUGAUGAAUUGCGUACAUUGAAAAUCCAGAGGAUUUGGAUGUCCUAACACCAGGGCAUUUUUUGAUUGGUGGUCCUAUGACAGCUCUUCCUGAACCGGAUCUCACGGCGCUAAAUUACUCGCGACUUGAUCGAUGGCAACGUGUAACAUAUAUACAACAAGUCUUUUGGAGGCGGUGGACUCAAGAGUAUCUCACUCUUCUCCAGCAACGCGCAAAAUGGCUUACGCCUCAAGCCAAUAUUCAAGUCAAUGAUGUCGUGUGCAUAAAGGAAGAAAAUUCACCGCCCUUGAAGUGGCCUCUAGCACGAGUAAUUGAAGUUAUCCCUGGAGCAGAUGGUGUCGUACGAGUGGCACUUUUGCGAACAUCUAGUGGCAUAAAGCGUCGAGCCGUAAACAAACUGUGUGUUCUCCCGGUAAGGAAUUCUGUUGAAAGCCGUGACCUUUCAACGGGGGGGAGGAUGUUCGGAGCCGCGGAUGAUCUGCCCUAAUGCACCCGCAAAUAAACAGUAGCUUGCAAGCACAUAUGUACGUACAUACAGAGGUGGGCACAUACAUAUUUUUCUUAUCUAUCGCUAUGUUGUGCCGGUACAUAGAAAUUUAUGUAAUUAUCAUGUUUUUUAUUUCUGUUAUUCUUGAAAUCCGUUCUUCGUUGUUCUGCAUAA